CAAAGAGAGAGAGAGAACGAGGGAGGGAGAGAAAAAAGCCAAGUGAAUGUUAGAGUCCACUGUGGUCACUGCUGAAAUACUGAAUCUGAGAGAAAUGGAGGGAUUAACCAGUCGGAUUUAAAACUCUGGAGCUCAUGUGGAGGCAGCCAAUCAGGGGACGAUCUGGAUUAAAAGGAGCCUUGGUCUAAAUGGGUCCGGUUAUGCCUCCCAGUAAGAAGCCGGAAAGCUCCGGGGUCAGCGUCGCGAGCGGCCUGAGCCAGUUCUAUCAGGCAAGCUCCAUCACGCGCGCCCUGCAGGAGGCAGAGGAGAUGGACCUGGCUCUUCCCACCAUCAAACUGGAGAAGGGCAGCAUGGAGGAUGAGGAACUCACCAACCUCAACUGGCUCCACGAGAGCAAGAACCUGCUCAACAGCUUCGGUGACCCUGUGCUGAGGAGCGUCAGCCCCGUCCAGGACUUGGACGAUGACACCCCGGCCCACUCGGACCUCCCUUACGACGCCAAGCAGAACCCGAACUGCAAACCCCCUUAUUCCUUCAGCUGCCUCAUCUUCAUGGCCAUAGAAGAUGCCCCCUCCAAGAGACUGCCAGUUAAAGACAUAUACAACUGGAUCCUGGAACACUUCCCUUACUUUGCCAAUGCCCCCACGGGGUGGAAGAACUCAGUCAGGCACAAUCUGUCCCUCAAUAAGUGUUUUAAGAAAGUGGACAAGGACAGGAGUCAGAGUAUCGGGAAGGGCUCCCUGUGGUGCAUAGACCCAGAAUAUAGACAGAAUCUCAUCCAGGCGCUGAAGAAGACGCCUUAUCAUCCUUAUUCCCAGGUGUUCACCACGCCUCCCACCUCUCCUCAGGCAUAUCAAAGUAUGUCCAGUCCUCCAAUUUGGCCAGGAAGUCCCUUUUACAGAAAAAACAAGGGAGUCCUGCUACAAGUCCCUCAGGGAGUGAUUCAGAACGGAGCUCGAAUGAUGAGCCAGGGCCUCUUCCCAGGAAUCCGACCCCUUCCCAUCAACCCCAUUGUCAGCAGGACAGCCGCUGUCAGGUCAGUACUCGGAUACAGAAUAACCAGUGACGGCGAGCCAACCCGUAACUCUCCACUGGUCAGCAGCGACCCCAAGGAUGACCACACCUACAGUUUUGCCAAAUCUUCCAGCUCAGAUGUCGAAGAAGAGGCCCACUGCGAUGGAAGCGAGGUGAGCUUCCACGCCAACGAGGCCGGCAGCGAUGCCGAGGAGGACGACAAGAGCAAAAUCAAGAAGGAGCCCAAGGAAUGGUCCGUGGACGCCCUCGCUCUGGCCCAGCACAAGAAAUGGCAACAUUUGACGAAAGUCAAACAGAGAGUGGCCAGUGACACUCUUCCUCUAAAAAAGAGGCGCACGGAGAAGCCUCCGGAAAGUGACGACGAGGAGAUGAAGGAGGCGGCCGGAUCCUUGCUUCAUUUGGCGGGAGUCAGGGCCUGUUUGAACAAUAUCACCAACCGGACGGCAAAGGGGCAGAAAGAGCAAAAAUAAUGAACUGACUGUAUUAUAAAGAGAAAAAAAAACAUCACUUUGAAUAGAAUUUACUAUUUUUUUCCAGGACAUCAGGUGAAUUCUACUGAUUUGUGGCAAUAUCAACAAUCACUUUGUUUUCCUAUCUUUAUAGGUAACAUUUUACUGAGGGUUCCUUGUUUUAGUUCACUUUUAUUUCAUUUUAUUUUGAUUUCUUUUUUAAUCUACGGAGAUUGAAGCCAUAGCCUUCCCUUUUUUAAGAUAUUCAGUAAAGCAUUUAAUUCAACUGAGAAAAAAGUGAUAGUAAAAAUUGUCCUGCCCCAUUGUCAUAGUUAAAAGGACAGUUCACCCCAAAAUGAAAAUUCUGUCAUCAUUUACCCACCCUCAUUUCAAAUCCAUAAGACUUUCGUUCGUCUUUGGAACACAGUUUUGUUUUACACAAAUGAAAGUCAAUCAAAUCUGAAAGAUUUCUGUCCUUCCACUGAAAGUCUAUUCAACCAAAACUCUGACAUUUUAAAACAUUCAUAAAGAGACGUUCAAAAGAAAAAAAAUCCACAUAAAUUAAGUGGUUUAUUCCACGUCUUGCUUUAUAUGAUGAACAGAUUUAAUUUAGCCUUUUAUUCACAUACACAUUAAGUAAACAGUGUUUAUAACCAACCAACCAAUGAGGUUCUUGAUUGUGUUUCUUUGGGAGACUUGGAUUAAACCACUUGAUUUUUGUCUUUAUGAACGUUUUGAAACAUGAGAGUUUUGGCUGAAUUUAAAAUACUUUCAAUUGGACAGAAAUCACUCACAUUUCAUUAAAAAUAUCUUCAUUUGUGUUCCAAAGAUGAGUCUUUGGGUUUGGAACCACAUAAGGGUGAAUAAAUGAUGACAGAAUUGUAAUUUUGGGGAGAACUAAUCCUUUAAAAACAUGACAACAAAUUGUGUUCUGCAGCACGUUCUGCAGUCAGAGUAGUUCUCGAGUUAGUGAUAAUUAUGGGUUAUAGUAAUCUCUGCUGUAAUAUAAGAUGUUUUAGAAGCACAGGGCAGGGCCAAAGACAAUUCUCAAGCAGUUUCUCUGAUGUCACUUCCCCUUGAUGCUCUGGUUGGUAAAGCAUCGUGUGGAAAACACUCAUAGUUGUCGUUUGGCUCGUAUGAAUCAUAGUUCACUGGGAUGAGAGUAAAGCCAUAAGCUUUUGUCAUAGUGCUUUUUGGAGUCAAAAGUGAUACAUUUACCAAUAAGUCUCUUAAAACUGCCCACGUUUUUUUCCUAAGCAAUCAAAUUGAGUGAUAUUUUCCAUCUAAACAGAUAGUGGAUGGUGACACUCUUUCUUUGGCACAAUGAAAAAGAAAACUAGGAGCUAAAGCUACAAUACCUGCCAAUUGUAUUUUAAUAGCAGAAACUAAUGACUGUGGAGUUGUUUUGUGUUUGUUCAUUUGUUUACUUUUUUCAAUUUUUUUUUAUUUGAAGCCCUCCUGAUGUAAUAAGCAAUUUCAUCCAGUCAGGAUAAACACUGUAUAAAAGUAACACUAGACCAUUUUCCUUUCUUAAUUUAAGCAAUGUAGCCAGCAGGAUUUUCCAAAUCGUGUUGCAUGGGUUCUGUAAAGA